AUGUUUAAACUUGCUAAAGAAUUUUUUCGUUUACCAUUAAAUGUUAAAGAACAAUAUAUCAUUAGAGAAGAAAAUUAUGGUUAUAUUCGACGUGGACAAGAAAAUCUUGAUACUACAAGUACAAAAUUAAUCGAUGAAAAAGAAGCAUUCAACAUAAAAAAAUCAAUGCAACCUGAUAAAUUACCUCCUCUAUUUUCUGAAUUAGAUAAUUAUCAAUUCAUAACUAAAUUUUAUCGUGAUUGCUAUGAUUUAUGUAUGCAAUUAUUAACAUAUGUUGCUCAAUGUUUUAAUAUUGAUUUGGAUUAUUUUACAUCAAGACAUAAAUGGGAACUUAAACCUGAUAAUACUCUUCGACUUCUUCAUUAUCCUGCCAUCGAAAAUCAAUCCGAUGAAUAUAUUGGAGCUGGUGCUCAUUCUGAUUAUGGUUCAUUAACUCUUCUUUUUCAACAUGAACAUAAAUCAGGUCUUCAAGUACUUGAUCGUUCUACAAAUACUUGGUAUUCUGUUGAACCAUUUGAUGAUAUGAUUGUUGUUAAUUUUGGUGAUGCAUUUGAAUAUUGGUCAAAAGGUUUUAUUAAAAGUACUGUUCAUCGUGUUAUUAUGCCAACAAUUAAUUCAACAAAAGACAAUGAACGAUUUUCUAUAGCUUUCUUUUGUGAUCCUAAUGAUUUAACAUUAUUAUCACCAAUUCCAUCAAAAUUAAUUCUUGCUCAAAAAUUUGAAAAAGAUGAACAUGCUAAACAUGUACUUGACUAUGAUAAUGAAGAUUCAUUAACAGCUGGUGAACAUUUAGCAAUGAGAUUGAAUAAAACAUAUACUUAUUAA